AUUGCAUAUAUAUUGUGAAUGUUUUGCCAAAUGAAUGACACAUUUGAUUGAAAGCAAUGACUAAAUCAACUGCUGAUCCAAACGCUGACAAACAUAUGAAUGAAGACAUCAAUACACUCGUAGAUGAUAUGAAUAUUGAGGACAUCGAUGACAAUCACGAACAACAAGAAGACGACUCACAAGUGGAUCAAAUUGAAGAGUUUUCACAAUUAGACACUAAAUUGGAUGAAAUCAAUGAGUUUUUGGAUCAAAUUGAACAACAAAACGAUUCAUUAAGACAACAAAUUACUGAUUUCCUUAACGAUAUUAAACAAGACAAUUUCAAUAAUCAAAAGUAAUGAUGUCUUUGUUACACAAAAUCAAAGACAACAAACAUUUGAUGCAAAUGUUAUCUUCACCCGAAUUAAGACAAAAAUUAGUUGAUUUAAUUGAAAGACAGAAACAAUUUAAUGAUAAUCAUCACAGAAGUAAUGUCAUCAAUACUAUGACUCCAUUGCAAACAAUGGUUUUGUUUGAAUCAAAUCAUUUACAAGAUUUUAUCCGAGAAAUUAUUGUUUUGAUAAACCAAUAGUUAAUUAAAGUUGUAUUUAAA